AUGUCCUCGCUGUCGUUGUUUCUUCUUGUUGAAUUGGCGUGUUUGAUCGCGACCAUCCAAGUCACCGCUCCCGGUGAGGGCGAGACCUAUUCUCUGGAUCCCGGUUCGAGAUCUAUCCAAUGGGAACAGCAGGCUGGCGACCCCGCCGAAUGCGAUAUUUGGCUUCAGAAAGAAGCAGGAGAGCAGAUCAGUUAUUACUAUGUCGCCCAUGUGUCGGUGCCGGCGUGCCAACUCGAUUUCUCGGCCUGGCCCGCGUCUCUGAUGAACGAGUCUCGCUCACUAAUCCCGGGCGAGUACUGCUUCGCCUUUGUUACCACGGCUGCUUCUGCCGAGGAGGGCACCUUUCUAGCACAGUCGGCAGACUUUGUGAUCCAGGAUGAAGAGAGAUCCAAGGACCUGUCUACUGGCGCUCAAGUCGGCAUCGGCGUCGGCAUCGGCCUGGGUGGUUUAGCCUUCCUCUGCCUCUGUGGCUACUACUACAUGGUCGUACGACGGAAGCGACACACGCAGCGGAGCAGGCAAGAAGCAUACUCCAAGCCCGAGUUGGAAGGCGAUCAUCAUCAUCAUCAUCAUCAGCAUCAUCACCAGGUCGCAAACUUUUCCCGACCAUUUUCCCCCUCCACCGCCACAAAGGCCGAGCUUUCAUCCACAACCACUACGACGGAAAAGGGCGUGCUGUCAGAACUCGCCUCGACCGAGGCCAUGAUUCACGAAUUGCCGGGCAGCACGCGCCAGCCGUAUGAAGCAGGGACAGGGACGGGGACAGACACCAACACAAGAACCGACGACGGGAGUGGCACGGUGGUCGGUUCUCGCGAGCGAGACCGAGUUUCUUGA